CCGUGGAGUUUGUGGCUUGUGGUAGUAAAUUACUUCAACCCAAAUUUCGGUAUGUUAGUGUUGUGUUAAUUAAAUCCUUUUAAUGAAUAUGACUUUCCAUAUAGGUUGUACAUAUUACUGAAUUUAUUUUAAUUUUCUUAAUAAUAAAUACUUUUCAACUACUAUAUAGUUAUAAAUAAUGAUUAAUUUAUUAUUGCUAAUAGCCUUCAGGAUAAUGUUUUCAACUCUGGGGAAAAUGGUUGUAAGUUCAUGUACUAUUCAUCUAUGGCUUCUAAAACUGAAGAGUCAGCAGGUGGAAAUCAGUUGCAAUACAAUGGGGAACGUACCAAAGAGGAUGCAAUUGACUUUAUUUAGAAGAAUCAAGAUAAACUUGCCCAGCAGGAAGCUGGAAAAGAUGAGCAGCAGGAACCUAGAAAAGAUGAGCUGUAGUGAAGGUUUUGUGGAUCUUGUAAUAGAGAUUGAUCUUAAGGUGACUUUUCUCAAAGGCCUUAGACAGGAAUUGAUAGGAAUUGACGAGCAGGUAUCUUCUACACAUUGAUAUAUAUAUAUAUAUAUACACGCAUGUACACAAUCACAUACAUGGAUGAGGUUAACGGUGAACCUACUAAAAACCCAUAAUGGUCUUACGAGGUUGAGAGCGAAUCUACUGAAAACCCGGAUAUGUUAUAUUUGUUGUAUGGGUGAAUUUCGAUAGUUUUUGUUUUCAAAUGGCAAUUAUGAUGGUAAAUUGACAAAAGGAAAAUGGCAAAUUGAUUGUAGUUAUAAUGAACAUCUAUAACUAUGUUUGUGUUUGUGAGCUAUUCUUAUUGAAGUCUGAAGUAGUUAGUCUCAAUUGUUCUCAUUAAUAUGUGUUGUAAUAUAUGUCUUUGUUGUGGGAUUCACACUUGCAAUUAGUCUCAACCAUAACAUUGCUCUUUUAUAGGAAUUUUUUUUGGUUGUGCAGUAUUUGCUCUCUCUCUCUCUUUGGUCCUGAAAGUUGUGGAUAGAAUUGUACUCAUAAUUUGCCUUCUAAAAAUUGUACUCAUAAUUUUGUGCUGCUCUUUUAAUUAAGAUUUAAUUGUGUGUUUUCCUUUUAUCUUUUUAUUGUUUUCGUUUUUAAGAAAGUAAGAUUAUUUGCAAGUGCGUAUUGUGCAGAGAGGAGCU